CUCUCGGUCCUCUUCCCGCUCCUCCUCCCUCUCGGUGCGGACAUGCUCCGGGUCGUGAGGAGAUGAGGUUCCGAAAUGCCUCCUUCUUGACGCUGCUGUUGUUCGGACUGUGCGGGCUGGUCUCGCUGUCCUGGUACACCGCCUUCAGCAGCUCCAGAGGAGAUGUGGUGGACAUCUACCAGAGAGAGUUCCUGGCCUUGAGGGAGCGUCUGCACUCGGCCGAGCAGGAGAACCUGCAGCGCUCCAAGGAACUCAACGUGGUCCUGGAGGAGAUCAAGCGGGCCAUCGCGGAGAAACAAGCGCUGAGGGACAUCAACAGGACCUGGAGCAGCCUUUCUGAGGAGACCCGGUUAAAGUUGUGGAAUGUGAGCAGCAGUAAAAACUUCCUGCAACUUCCUUCAGUCCUCCAUCAUCUUCCCCACCUGAUCCACAGAGAAGACAGUCUGCAGCCCGCCGUGCACGUGGGCCAGGGACGCACUGGAGUCUCCAUAGUGAUGGGCGUUCCCAGCGUGAAGAGGGAGGUCCACUCCUACUUGACGGACACGCUUAACUCACUGAUGUCGCAACUCAGCGCCGCCGAGAAGGACGAUUGCAUCAUCGUGGUCCUCAUCGCUGAGGCGGACCACGAGUACGCCAUGAGUGUGGCGGACAACCUGAAGCAGCUUUUUCCAGUAGAGAUCCAGUCCGGUCUGUUGGAGGUGGUGUCUCCGUCGGUGCACUUCUAUCCAGACUUCUCACGCCUCAGAGAGUCUUUUGGAGACCCCAAAGAGAGAGUGAGGUGGAGGAGCAAGCAGAACCUGGACUACUGCUUCCUGAUGAUGUACGCUCAGUCCAAGGGCACCUACUACGUCCAGCUGGAGGACGACAUCGUGGCGCGGCCCAACUACUUGACCACCAUGAAGAACUUUGCUCUGCAGCAGCCUUCGGAGGAGUGGAUGAUUCUGGAAUUUUCUCAGCUCGGCUUCAUCGGUAAGAUGUUCAAGUCUUCGGACCUGUCCCUCAUCGUGGAGUUCAUGUUGAUGUUCUACAAAGACAAGCCCAUAGACUGGCUCCUGGACCACAUCAUGUGGGUCAAAGUCUGCAACCCCGAGAAGGACGCGAAACACUGCGACAGACAAAAAGCCAACAUGAGGAUCCGCUUCAAGCCGUCCCUGUUCCAGCAUGUGGGCACACACUCCUCCCUGGCCGGGAAAAUCCAGAAACUCAAGGACAAGGACUUUGGCAAGCAGACCCUCCAUAAGGGCCACGCCAACCCCUUGGCCGAGGUGACCACCAGUCUGAAGACCUACCAGCACUUCACGCUGGACAAGGCCUACCUUGGAGAGGACUUCUUCUGGGCCUUCACCCCCGUGGCCGGGGACUUUGUACGCAUCCGCUUCUUCACACCCGUGCGCAUCGAGAGGUACUUUUUCCGCAGCGGGAACAUCGAACACCCGGGAGACAAACUCUUCAACACGUCCGUAGAAGUUCUCCCUUUCGAUAACAUUCAGGCAGACAAAGAAGUCCUGGCGGACGGGAAGGAGAGGAGCCAUCAGUACCACCGCACGGAGGACGGCUUCAUCAGAAUCGGAAUGUUCCAGAAGGGCAUUGCCGAGGGGGAGGUGGAUCCCACCUUCGGGCCCUUGGAGGCCAUGCGCCUCACCGUGAUGACCGACUCCCCGGUUUGGAUCAUCCUCAGUGAGAUCUUCAUCAAGAAGGCGGAGUGAGGGUCCUCCUGCUCAGUCAACCUCCUGCCUGAUCGCUUCCCACCAUGGUGCGACGGCGCCGCCCUCUGGUGGAGCUUUGCCACUGCAGUCGGACAAGACAGGCGCCGGACUGGUGUUCUCUGCGGAAACCCACCGCCAUCGCUUAAGCGGGACCUUCUCAAGAUAGAGGCCGGUUUGCGGCGGAGAUGUGGACAUCCGUGGUGGAGGAUCAACAAGAGGGAGUGUGCCUUUUUUUUAAAGGGCUGCCGUGGGCCCCCGGGGGAGCCCGGAGACAUCCUGCAGACGUCCUGCCUCUCAAUAAGACGUGCUCCUCAUGAGAUCAUGGAGGAAGUCAGAUGCUGUCUGCUCCGCCUCGGGCGCAGAGCGUCACGUGACAACCGCUCUCAAUAAAGACUUUGUACUCCUGCUCCAUGCCGCCAGGAACCUUUCUGCUCUUUUCUUGGCGACUUUCCUGUCACCUCAGCAGUAAAAAUAGGAAUUAUUACAUGAAGGGUCUGCACGUUGCUGUUCUUCUCCUGGGAGAUUGUUCUCCACCAAAUAAUUGGCUUUAAAGUAGUGGAAGAAACAAGUCGCCUCCAUAUUGAAGCUAUUAUUAUAAACAGUCGUGGUCAAAAGUUUACAAACACUUGUAAAGAACAUAAUGUCAUGGCUGUCUUGAGUUUACAAUCAUUUCUACAACUUAUUUUUUUGUGAUAGAGUGAUUGGAGCACAUACUUGUUGGUCACAAAAAACAUUCAUUAAGUUUGGUUCUUUUAUGAAUUUAUUAUGGGUCUACUGAAAAUGUGACCACAUCUGCUGGGUCAAAAGUAUACAUACAGCAAUGUUAAUAUUUGGUUACAUGUCACAUGGCAGGUUUCACUGCAAUAAAUACAACUAAACUGUCAUAAAUCUUUGACAAAUGCCACUAAACUGUCAUAAAUCUUCUACACAUAGAACCUAACUGUCAUAAAUCUUCGACAAAUGCAACUAAACUGUCAUAAAUCUUCUACAAAUACAACUAAACUGUCAUAAAUCUUCUACAAAUACAACUAAACUGUCAUAAAUCUUUGACAAAUGCCACUAAACUUUCAUAAAUCAUCCACAAAUACAACUAAAUUGUCAGAAAUCUUCUAAAAUUACAAUUAAACUGUCAUAAAUCUUCCACAAAUACAACUAAACUGUCAUAAAUCUUCCACAAAUACAACAACUAAACUGUCAUAAUUCUUCCACAAAUACAACUAAUGUGUCAUAAAUCUUCUACAAUUACAACUAAACUGUCAUAAAUCUUCUACAAAUACAACUAAACUGUCAUAAAUAUUCUACAAAUACAACUAAACCAUCAUAAAUCUUCCACAAAUACAACAACUAAACUGUCAUAAAUCUUUGACAAAUGCCACUAAACUGUCAUAAAUCUUCUACACAUAGAACCUAACUGUCAUAAAUAUUAUACAAAUACAACUAAACUAUCAUAACUCUUCUACAAAUACAACUAAACUGUCAUAAAUCUUCUACAAAUACAACUAAACUGUCAUAAAUCUUCUACAAACACAACUAAACUGUCAUAAAUCUUCGACAAAUGCAACUAAACUGUCAUAAAUCAUCCACAAAUACAACUAAAUUGUCAGAAAUCUUCUAAAAUUACAACUAAACUGUCAUAAAUCUUCCACAAAUACAACUAAUGUGUCAUAAAUCUUCUACAAUUACAACUAAACUGUCAUAAAUCUUCUACAAAUACAACUAAACUGUCAUAAAUAUUCUACAAAUACAACUAAACCAUCAUAAAUCUUCCACAAAUACAACAACUAAACUGUCAUAAAUCUUCCACAAAUACAAUUAAACUGUCAUAAAUCUUCUACAAAUACAACUUAACUGUCAUAAAUCUACAAAUACAAGUAUCAUAAAUCUUCUACAAUUACAACUAAACUAUCAUAAAUCUUCCACAAAUACAACUAAACUGUCAUAAAUCUUCUAGAAAUACAACUAAAUUGUCAUAAAUCUUCUAGAAAUACAACUAAACUUUCAUAAACCUACAAAAUACAACUAAACGGUCAUAAAUCUUCUACAAAUACAACAUAACUGUCAUAAAUAUUCUACAAAUACAAAUAAACCAUCAUAAAUCUUCCACAAAUACAACUAAACUGUCAUAAAUCUUCUACAAAUACAACUAAACUGUCAUAAACCUACAAAAUACAACUAAAUUUUCAUAAACCUACAAAUACAACUAUCAUAAAUCUACAAAUACAACUAAAUUGUCAUAAAUCUUCUACAAAUACAACUAAACUGUCAUAAAUCUUCCACAAAUACAACUCAACUGUUAUAAAUCUUCUACAAAAACAACUGUCAUAAACCUACAAAUACAAGUAUCAUAAAUCUUCCACAAAUACUACUAAACUGUCAUAAAUCCUCUACUCAUAGAACAAAACUGUCAUAAAUCUUCUACAAUUACAACUAAAAUGUCAUAAACAGUUUAGUUGUAUUUGUAGAAGAUUUACAUUAUUAACUAUGUUCCUACCUGAUACCCUUGUCCGGAAAAGUCUGUUUGCAUCCCGGUAGAACAAACUUCACAGCAACUAGACCGUCAUAAAUCUUCUACAAAUACGACUAAACUCUCAUAAAUAUUCUACAAAUAUAACUAAACUGUCAUAAACCUACACAUUCAACUGUCACAAAUCUUCUGAAAAUACAACUAAACUAUCAUAAAUCUUCCACAAAUACAACUAAACUGUCAUAAAUAUUCUACAAAUACAACUAAACUGUCAUAAAUCUUCCACAAAUACAACUAAACUGUCAUAUAUUUUCUACAAAUACAAUUAAACUGCCAUAAAUCUUCUACAAAUACAACUAAACUGUCAUAAAUCUUCCACAAAUACAACUAAACUGUCAUAAAUCUUUUACAAAUACAACUAAACUGUCAUAAACCUACAAAUACAACUAUAAUAAAUAUUCUACAAAUACAACUAAACUGUCAUAAAUCUACAAAUACAACUAAACUGUCAUAAACCUACAAAUACAAAUAUCAUAAUAAAUAUUCCACAAAUACAACUAAACUGUGAUAAAAAGCUAACUUGCUAAUGAUAGAAUGUUAACAAUCGUUAAACAAUUAAAAAGGCACUUUUGGUAGUCAUUCACAAGCUUCUGGUUGCAUUUUUGAUCGCUCCUCUUUACAAAAUUGGUGCAGUUUAGCUAAAUGUGUUGGUUUUCAGACAUGGACUUGUUUCUUCAGCAUUGUCCACACGUUUAAGUCAGGACUUUUGGUAAAGCCAUUCUUAAUUCUGGCCCGAUUUAGCCAUUCCCUUACCACUUUUGACGUGUGUUUGGGGUCAUUGUCCUGUUGGAACACCCAACUGUGCCCAAGAUCCAGCCAACGGGCUGAAGAUUUUAGGUUGUCCUGAAGAAUUUGGAGGUAAUCCUCAUUUUUCAUUGUCCCAUUAAAGGCACCAGUUCCAUUGGCAGCAAAUUAGGCCCAGAGCAUAAUACUACCACCACCAUGCUUGACGGUAGGUACGGUGUUCCUGGGAUUAAAGACCUCACCUUUUCUCCUCCAAACAUAUUGCUGGGUAUUGUGGCCAAACAGCUCAAUUUUAGUUUCAUCUGACCACAGAACUUUCCUCCAAAAGGUCUUAUCUUUGUCCAUGUGAUGUCAGAUGAAACAAAAAUUAUGUCAUGAUCUGUGGUCUGGAUUAUGUUUUUUAUUAUUUUUUGUUGGUUUUGGGCUCUUUUAGUUCCUGUUUGCGCUCCCUUGUUUGUUUAGUUACCAUGGUGACUCAUUAGUUUCACCCGCCGCUGGUGUUCGGACACGCACCUGCUCUAAUUAAGAGACUAUUAUUUAAGCCUGUCUUUGCCAGUUAGUCGUCCUGGCGUCUUUGCUCUUUUCAUGCCACAGUUUCAUGCUUAUUUCAUGCCAUUCCAAAGUUAAUGCUAUUUGUUUCAUGCCAUAGUUUUUUGAGGUUUUCAUGUCCAUACUUUCUUGUUUCAUGUCCUAACAUUUUUGCCUUAGCUUCUCGUGUGAACGGAACACUUUCCUUUUGUUUUGAUUCCUGUCAUUUCUGCUGUGUAGGAUUAAUUGAUCAUUAAAUAUGUUCCUACCUGCUA